AUGUCAGCAAAUUUACAAACAAAACUAGAUAACUCUCUUAAUGAUAUUCUCAAAACUGCCGGGUUUGUGUUUGAAAUAAUCAAUAACAACAAGAACCAGAGCAGGUUGAUUACGGGCCCAAAUAAUCAACUAAUACAACCAACGAUAAUACAACAAUUGACAAGCCAUAUUGACAAAUUUGGAGAGAUACUAGAUGAAACGAUUUUCAAAUUUAACGAUGCGAAAUGGUGUAUUGACACAAUGAUUGGAAACAAACAAAGGCAAGAGGAAAUCAAGAUAAAAGAGGAGUUGGAAAGACAGAAACGAGAAGCAGAGGCGAAAAGGUUGAGAGAAGAGGCAGAAGCAAAGCUAAAAGCGGAAGCCGAGGCCGCAGAGAAAGCUAGGUUGGAAGCGGAAGCCGAGGCGCGGGCAAAGGCAAAGGCAAAGGCAGAAGCGGAGGCAGAGGCAGAGGCUAAAGCACAGGCAGAAAGGGAGUUGGCAGAACUUGAACGACUAAGACAAGAAGAGGAAAAGAAGAGGAUUGAAGAGGAAGAAGCUGAAGAAAAGAGGAAACAGAGCCUACAGCAGCAGCAGCAACAACAGCAACAGCAACAGGAACAACAUCAACAGCAGCAGAGAGACCAAUUUAACGAUUUCAAUGACUUUCUUGGUUUCGACAUGGACGAGAUUCAAAGAGAGAAUGGCGGAGACAGAAACGAUCCUUUAUCGUCUAUGAACUAUAAUGAUUUGAAUUUGGAUGUGAGCAUGGACGAUGCGGAAAAGAUUGACGACAACAACAUAUUUGACGUUAUAGACAUUGAGAAUGCCGGAGAAGAUUUCCCACAACAGAACAAUAACAUUGUAACCAAAAACGCCAAUGACAAACAAGUCAACGACCUAAAUCAAAACAACAACGGUCAACUUGGCACAGAAAAUGUAGAAGAAAUGGACUUGGAUAUGAAUAAUCUAUUGGGAAACGAUGAACUGAUUCUUGAUGGACUUAAUAUGAGCUUGCUCGAUACUGGGUUUGAAGGUGAAGAUGCUCAAAAUAAUAUCAACAAUAAUCAAAUGGGUGAUGAAUUUGAUGUUGAUAACUUUUUGAACCAAUUUAGCAGCUAA